AUGCAUCCCCCACAGGACGACGAGAGCAACGCGCAUGGGAAUGAGUGGUGGAAUGAGCCAAUGGACGAGCCCAUAGACCUCGCCAUGUACACCAGCUCCCUCGACCUCGACGACCUCCUCCCGCUCCCAGAUGAGACAGGCCUGGGUACAUUCUUAGAAUGCAACCGCUGGACAGGGCAGGGUCGAGAUGCAACUACAGAUCAAGCGUCCGCGCCCUCUCCUGCUGCUGCGACGAUCGCCGUGCAAGAACGGGAGCGCAAGCGGAAGUCGGACGACGAGGAGCAAGACCGGGACGCCAAGCGUGCCCGGAACACUCUCAUCGACGUUGGUACGAACAUCCCCCGCAGAACUGCACGCCGUGCAUAUCCAACCGCCGGAGCGGGCUCCGCGAGCGAAGCCGGUUCGUCUCGCCAGACCGCCCCGUCGACAGGCCGUACGUCCAGUAUUACGGCCGAAGACUGGGAGGCCCCCGAGGACGAUGACGAGGACAAGGAGAACGAGGUUGGCAGUCCCGACGAAGCUUCGGACGACGGCGAGUACGAAGAGCCGACGGACCGCAAGGGCAAGGGUGUCGCGCGACGCAAGACGCGUGCUUCUGUGGCCGCCAGUGCGUCGAAGGGCAAAGAGCAGACCACAGAUUGCUCGUCAGACGCACGAGCGCUGCAUACUUACCGACUCGAAGUGCUGUUCGACGGCUGCGACCACAUCAACUACGCGAAGGACCAAGAUGGGAUGCGCAACCAUUUCGGACAUCACUAUGGCGCAGAGGAAGGCGCGAAGGCGCCGAAGGCCGGGCAAAGAAUCAAGCCCGAGGCAACCGCGGCGGCAGAGGCGUGGAGCAAGGCCAAUUCGAAGAAGAUCAGCCGCAAGAAAGCUGGGGGGUCCAAUCCGUGGCCCUGCGAGAUCUGCGAUAGCGGCUUCUACAGUUUCACUAGCCUGCGACGACACCAUGAGGAGUCCCACCUCAGCCGGGAGUUCUGCUGCCCGUUCCCGGGCUGCGCGAAGACGUUCACCCGGCUGCACAGUGUUGAUCGUCACCUCCAAGACUUCCACAAGAUGAAGCCGCAACAGAUCCUGGAGAAGAAGUCUAAUGUGCCCGUUGGCGAGAAGCCCGCUGUGAGGAAGAAGACUCGGCGUGGCUCCGGGCCGUCGAAGAAGAAGUAG